CGCGCCAAUUUUCAUUCUAGAGGGAAAAGCGGGACCCGGCGCGGCAGACGUCCUGGUAUAACUGUUCUCUCUCUUUUCCCUGUGCAACUUUCCGUCGUUGUCUCAUCAUGGCAUCUAAGCGUGCAGCUCUGGAUACUGAACCGGGCGCAGUGGACAAAGCACCCACCAAGCCGAAGCCCAAGAGGAAGAAGCCCAGCCCUCCCAAGACCCCAAAGUGCGGCUGUAGAGGGGACUGUAGAACAAGAAAAUGUGCCUGUGGAAAGAAGGGGGAGGCCUGUGGGGACUCCUGCAAGUGUACCGACUGCGUAAACCCCUUCAACAUCCUUGCAGAGUAUAACAUCGACUUGUCGGAUGCUGCCCUGGACAAGUGUCUCAUGGACAACAUCUACAAGGUUGAAGAUCUGCGAGGCCGUCUGGAGCAGAGUUAUGAACUGGAGUGCUGUGAUGAGUCUGUACAGCUGAAGGAUAUGUUGCCUGGGGUGGCCCACUGUCCUGGGGAGGAGUGUGGCUAUGAGUGGCACUACUCCUGGUGUUGGGACAGCUUUGAAGAUGAGGAGAACGAUCCCAAGUACCACUGUGAGAAGUGUCGCCGUUGUGCCGACUGCAGGUGGGAACAUUGUGAGAGAUGCAACAAGUGCUACUUUGCUACCCACAACUUUAACCCGUGCCCUACAUGUGGCAAGUAUGAUGAUGAUGAUGAGGAGGACAGUGACUAUGAGGAAAGGGAAAGGUGUGCCAUGAUGUGAAUCUCUCAGAUUCCUGCACCUCACUGGCUCCCCAUGCCACAUGAACCAGUGCAUGUAAUAGGAUGAUGCUUUUUAAGCCAGACAUAACACUUUCAUAUUUGACAGAAUGUUUCAGUGGCAAACUUUUUUUUUUUGCAUUUUUUAAAAGUUGUUUAAUCCAACAUUAUCUUACUACAGUGUAUGAUAUGUAACAAGUAAGUUUAUAAAGCAUCAGUUGUUAUGUAGAAGGUAUAGUUUUAAAAGUUGUUUGACUCAACUAUUAAAAUGAUAAGUUUCAAAUAUGUUCUUUCUCUCUGGACAUUUCUUGUUCUCAAAGUCAUUGUUUGAAUAAGUGAUAUUAUCAAUAGUAUGUUCUGAAAAAGUCACCUGACUUGACUAAAGCAUUACAUUGUCAUUGAGACAUUGUUAAAAUUCUAAAAAGGAUUUGCAAUAUGUUUUCUCGCUGGGUAACAAUGAUUUAUCACACUGGUUCCUGGACAAGUGAGAAUGAGGCAAAAUAAAGACAGACUGUAAAAUAU